GAUAGCAGCUGCGGAGUUGUGAAGUCAUGGCGGAGCUCCGCCGCGCCUCAGAUCGCUGGAGUUACGGCAAUCAUUUGUGAUAAACUGUCAAACUUUAUAACAAUUCUAAAAUGACCGAAAGCGAGUUAAAGUUGCGAGCGGCGACGAACCAGCGUCAAACGAUCUGAAACCGAGAGCUGGCAAAGAUGUGAGACUCUCCGGAGCCGAGGAAGAAAAAAAAAAAAACCGUUGGAGUCUCCCAAAGUCGCAAACAUGGCUUCUUGUUUCUUUCCAUUUCACACAGAGAACUCUUUAACCGGAGCUUCGUGGUUUUCAGCGCUUUGUGUCGUUCUGUGAUGGAUCCCAAGCACAAAGAGUUGUUAGAGCAGUGCCAGCAGAAGUUGUCGGAGUCCGUGACAGAUGUGGAGCGGCUCGUGGAGCUGCUGGCCGAGUCAGGCAGCCUGAGUCCGGCGGAGAGAGCGGAGCUGGACGCGCACUGCUCCGGAGGCGCCGAGAAACUCCGUCUGAUCCUCAAGACGCUGCUGGAAAAGAAGGACAGGGAUCACUUCCAGGAGUUCUGCUGGGCUCUGGAGAAAACCCAGCCGGUGCUGCUCAGCGCUCUGCUGCCGGGGGACAACCACCACAACACGGGUUCCUCGUGCAGCGUUCUGUCUGCGAUGCCGUCAGACUCCGAGAGCAGCAGUUCUCUCAGCAGCGUCGCAUCCUCACCUCCUCCGGCUCACCUGGAUAAGCAUGUGAUGAGUGAGAAACUGGAGACGGUGAACCUGCAGCUCAGACAGGUGACCCGAGAACGAGACGACCUGCGCAAACGACUGGCCCUGUCCUCGCCGGGCUCCACCUUCGAUGACUGCAGGCCGAGUGUGAAGCCGGGUCACGAUUACGAGCGUCUGAAGCUGCAGUGCAUGAAGGCCAUGUCAGACCUGCAGUGUCUCCAGAACCAGCACAACAAAACCCUGAAGAGAUGCGAGGAGGCCGUGAGAGACGCCGAUUACUACCACACUCUUCACGGGCGUGCGGUCGGGGAACAGACGCAGCUGCGGGACGAGAUGGAGGCCAUGAAGCAGAACUACUCUCAGCUCCUUCAGCAGCACUCACAGCUGCAGCAGACCUGCGACGAGCUGCGCUUUGUGCAUGACAGCGACCAGCGCGAGGUGGCAGACAUGCGCCUGCAGCAGCAGCAGGUCAUGAGGGAGAACGGCUCCUCCGAACUGCUCAAUAAGCUUUACGACACGGCCUUAAACAAGCUGGAAGGGAUGAAGAAAGAGUAUGAUGCCCUGAGGAAACGAUACAGUGAGAAAACAGUGAGCCACAACACCGAUCUGAGCCGCCUGGAGGAGAUGGAGGAGGAGAACCGGCGUCUGCAGAAACAGCUGGACGUUCUGCUGAAGCAGAGAGACUCAGCGCUACACCUCCAGCACCAGUACAGCGGCUCCGUCAGGAGGUUCGAGAGUCUCCAGCAGGAGCUGAAUAAGACGUCCGCUCAGAACGAGGAGCUGCAGAGAGAAACCGAUCGGCUGCAGAUGGAGAACACACGCUAUAAGAUGCUGCAGCUGAAGGCCGUGAAAGACGCCGAGAAGCUGAAGGAGGAGAGAGACUCUGUGCUAAACGAGUAUAGACUGAUCAUGAGCGAGAGAGAUCAGGUCAUCAAAGAGGUGGAUAAACUCCAGACUGGACUAGAUGCGGCUGAAGCCAAACUCAAGAACACGUCGAGCGAGAGAAGAGUCGCCGGCGAGGAGAUGGAGGCUCUCAGACAGGAGCUGAACUCGGCUCUGUUGGACCGUGACCGUGCGAUUCGAGAGAAGAACGAGCUGCUGGAGAAAUACUGUCACGAGGUGCAGGACAAGGCCGAGACGCAGAAGGAGCUGAGCCAGGCCUGUAAAGACAUCGAGAUGGUGCGAGAAGAGCGUGACGUGGCCCGUAAAGAGCGAACAGAGGCCAUCAUCCAGAGAGACCAGCUCCUGAGAGAGUAUUAUCAGGCCAGACAGAAGCAGGAUAGUGCGACGCUAGACAUGGAGCGUGUCAGUAAGGAGCUGGAGGUCCUGAGGAAGCAGUGCGAGGCUAUUUCGGAGGAGCUCCAGGAGUCUGUGCAGGAGGCAGAAGUGGCCAAGUGCCGCAGAGACUGGGCUUUCCAGGAGCGAGACAAGAUCGUGGCAGAAAGAGAGAGCAUACGGACGUUGUGUGAUAACCUGCGUCGCGAGAGGGACCGAGCCGUGAGCGAUCUCGCCGACGCUCUGAGAAAAAUGGACGACCUGCGCAAACAGAAGAACGACGCGGUGCGAGAACUGAAGGAGCUCAAGGAAUGCAUGGAAGAGCAGCUAGAGAAGGAGGCCCGUUUCCGCCAGCUGAUGGCCCACAAUUCCCACGACUCGGCCAUCGAUACGGACUCUCUGGAGUGGGAGACGGAGACGGUGGAGUUUGAGAGGAGUACGGACGACGUGGAUUUGAGCGAUCUGGGUUUUGAUAUCGCUGAAGGAGUGAGCGACCCGUAUCUACCCGGGGAUUAUGGGAUAUUCGUGAGCAAGGUGGACAAAGGAAGUGUUGCGGAGGGCAGGUUGAGAGUGAAUGAUUGGUUGUUGAAGAUUAAUGACGUGGAUCUGGCCAAUAAGGACAGGAAGCAGGUCAUAAAGGCGGUGUUCAGCGGGGGCGGAGUCAUCAAUGUGGUGGUGCGCAGGAGGAAGUCUCUGGGAGGACGGAUGGUCACUUCUGUUCAUCUGACGCUGGCGGGACAUAAAGAUUGUGGUGUUGGGUUGGAGAGCGGCGUGUUUGUGUCGUCUGUUUCUCCAGGCAGUCCAGCGGCCAGAGAUGGAUCGGUGUGUCCUGGAGACCGUCUUCUCAAUAUAAACGGCAUUUCGCUGGAUAACAAAUCUGUGAGCGAAUGUGAGAAUCUGCUGCGGAGCUACAGAGACUCGGUUUCUCUUUCCGUCCUGAAGUUUUUCCCACAGAGUCUGUCGGGUCAGAGCAUCACUGAGAGCGAACGAAGCUCUUAUGGGAAGUCAUCGGAUCAGCUGCGCACCUGCAGGAAACAGCCCACCCUUAAAGACAUGUACAGCUCCACGCGUGACGUGGAGAGCGAGCGCGGUCAGCGCGGGACGCUGUAUCGCUCGGAGCCGUAUCAUGAGAUCUGCCCGCAUCCCACCUCCAAACGACCCCUCACCUUUCACCCCGUUUCCCCCGGGGACUGCAUCACAGUGGAGAUGAAUCAGGAGAGACGGUGCAUCCCGCAGAAGCAAAGCGGCGGCACGUGGCCCAAAAUGAUAGCGGUUGCAAUGUCACCAACCGAAAGCAUCCCACCGCUCUCUAUUUUUAAGACCCCAAAGAAGCGGAAGUCGAUAUUCGACGCAGACAUGUUCAAGCGUCCGGAGACGCCCUCCAAGCUAGACUACCUCAGUGUGUCGCAGAUGCCCAAACAUUCCCCGCAGAGCUCCUGGACGGAGACGGCGCCGCAGAUCCCCCCCGACCCGCCCAAACGCAGCGACUCCUUUAAGUUCAAACACAAGCCGCAGGGAAGCUCCGCCUCCGAUUCCACCAUCACCACCGGCUCGCCCCCGGCCACGCCCAUUCAGGCCACGCCCACAGACAAUCCUGGAUUUGAAAGCCGAGACCGCAACGGGAACGUGCUUCAGAGACAGAGCUCUGGCGGCGCUGGAGGGUCGUUUGCGGAGGAAGUGUCCGGACAGGGUUCAGAUGAACAGGAGGUGAGGAGACCGAACUCUGCACCCGCUCAGCGCCGCAGCCUCACGCCGCUUAAGAUGCCCUUUCCACAGAGCUUCUCUCAUGAGGAACAGUCUCCUGAACCUCUGGUCCGGUUUUCUCCUUUCCGGUCAAACCGUCACAGCUUCUCUCCUCUACAAGCACACACCACUUCCAGAACGCUGUCUCCAUACCCAGCUGUGACCGCAGUGAUGAGGAACCAAGUGUACACGGCCUGGAGUCACUGCGUCAAAACCAGCAACUCUUCAGUUCCAACACACACAUACACUCAAGUCAGUCCGCAGCAUCAGGGCCGAUGGAGUGUGGAUCUCAACCACAAGCGAUCUGCUGAGCUCUUCGAAGGCUCUCGUGGUUCGGUUCAGCACAACACCAACUCCCUGCCCUCCAGCGCCAGACAGGGUUUGUUUCAGUACCGCGAGCAGCGCAUUAAGAUUCCCUCCACCCCUCGUUACGCUCGAUCCGCUCACAGCUCUGAUAGAGGAUCUCUGUCUCACUCGGACUGCAGCAGCCCGGGUCUGGUAACUCCGCCCCUCUCUCCUCUGGACGCCGCCUCCUUCACCAGCAGCCAAUCACAGGGCUCCGUCUCCGCCCAGACCAGGCUGUCAGUCAGCCCUGUGCCAAUAGACAGGAGGAGGGACAGGCCGUACAUCGAGGAGCCUCGCUGUGUCACUAUCCCUAAAGGGGCGGAGCCUCUGGGCAUCUCUAUUGUGGGUGGGGAGAAUGGCGGCAUCUUUGUUUCCAAGGUAACGGGAGGCAGCAUCGCCCAGCAGCAUCACCUGGAGUUUGGAGAUCAGCUUCUGGAGUUUAACGGCAUCAAUCUCAGGAACGCCACCGAGCAGCAGGCCAGACUCAUCAUCGGACAGCAGUGUGACACCAUCACCAUACUGGCACAGUACAACCCACACAUGCACCAGCUGGGCAAUCCGUCGCGCUCGAGCUCCCGGAUGGAGUCGUCUGUAAGCUCUCACUCGACCCCCGACACACACUCCAACAUCGACACACUCAGCGAACAGGACGAGGGCACCAUGACUCCGCCCUCUAAACAGGCCACGCCCACAUCCAGCCCUCUCAGGGAUCAGAGCGAGGGCAGGAAGCAGGCGGAGCUGAGGCUGGUGGUGCUGAGGAAGACUCCGGUGGAUCUGGGGAUGAAGAUCUGUGGAGGAAACCUGACGGGUGUUUUCGUGGAGGCUCUGGAAGAGCACAGUCCUGCUGGAGGAGCCGGCGGCCUGCAGCCUGGAGACCUGAUCCUGGAGUGUAACUCGGUGAGUUUGAAGAAUAAGACGGCUGAGGAGGUGUAUCUAGAGAUGCUGAAGCCCUCGGAGAACGUGACGCUCAGAGUCCAGUACCGACCCGAACACUUCAGGAGGGUCAAAGACGCACUCGGAGAUGGUUUUUACAUCAGGGCGUUGUUUGACCAUGUUGGUGAUCUGGAGCAGGAGUUGAGCUUCAAGAAGGAUGAUAUUCUCUAUGUGGACGACACGCUGCCGGGGGGGAAUUUGGGCUACUGGUUGGCAUGGCAACUGGACGAGAACGCACAGAAGCUGGUGCGCGGACACGUGCCCAGCAAGAGCAUGAUGGAUCAAGACUCCCAGCAGCGGUACAGUGUCACAGACAGUAAGGACGACAGCGGCUCUGGUAAAACGCUCUCAGCCGCGGCGCGCCGAUCCUUCUUCCGCCGUAAACUCAAACACAAGCGCAGCGGCUCCAAAGACGGCCGUGACGCUCCGGCCGCAGACGCCCUCAGCACAGACUCCGUGCCCUACAUGGACGACUGUCUGAGUCCGGCGUAUCAGCGCGUGCUAAAAGUGGAAUCGAUCAAUCGCAGGCCGGUGCUGAUACUGGGGCCCCUCGUGGAGCCAAUCAAAGACAUGCUGCUCAGAGAGGCUCCUGGGAAAUACUGCCGCUGUUUACCUGAGGGGAUGAAGGCGACCCAGCAGGCCAUCGAGCGAGGCGUCAAAGACUGUCUCUUCAUCGAUUACAAACGCAGGAGCGGCCACUUCGAUGUGACGACGGUGGCAUCCAUCAAGGAAAUCACAGAGAAGGACUGUCAUUGUCUGCUGGACAUCGCUCCUCACGCCAUCGAGCGUCUACACGUCGUCAACAUUUACCCCAUCGUCAUAUUCAUACGAUACAGAAACGCCAAGCAGAUCAAGCAACAGAAAGACCCCGUGUAUCUGCGAGACAAAGUGUCCCAAAAACAUUCCAAAGAGCAGUUUGAGUCUGCGCAGAGGAUCGAACAAGACUACAGCAAGUACUUCACAGGCGUCGUCCAGGCCGGCAGUCUGUCCCACACAUGCUCUCAGAUCAUGACCAUCGUGGAGCAGGAGCAGAACAAAGUGCUCUGGAUUCCUGACGGACGCAUGUGAAGAGUCCACACACACAUCCGUCACAACACACUGCUGAAAAUCAUCCACUUACUUCAUAUCUCUGUUGUUUUUCAUUACAAAUAUCUAAAGCUACAUAAGGAAAGAGACUUAAGGUACUAAGUCUUGUUUUCUGAAGAAUCGAGUGAUGUGGGAAACGAAAAAUAAUCACUUUUUUGUUUUAAAACUGAAAAUGUGCUCACCCUCAGUUCAUCUGAGAUGUAGAUGAGUUUGUUUCUUCGUCAGGUUUGUAGAAAUGUAGCAUUGCAUCAGUGUCUCAUCAACGGAUGCUCUGCAGUGAAUGGGUGCCGUCAGAAUGAGAGUCUGAUAAAAACAUCCCAAUAAUCCACAGCACUCCAGUCCAUCAGUGAACAUCUGGAGAAGACACUUGUGGAUUAUUGUGAUGUUUUUAUCAGCUCUCAUUCUGACGGCACCCAUUCACUGCACAGCAUCCGUUGAUGAGACACUGCUGCAAUCACAUCACAACUAUUCCUUUAAGAACAUUAAGAUAUUAGUACAAGACAAGAAUAGAAAUGUUUUCAGUGUAAUAACACAUCGCCACCGAUCUCACACUGUUGCAACACUCCACUGCUGUUAAAAUCACUACACACCUCUCGGGCUGGACGCUAUAUCAUAUAUAUAUAUACUUAUAUUAAAUAUUAAGUGCUUUAUGAGCAGCUAUGAGUUUCCUAAUUGUUUAAUAUGUUUUUAUUUGUUGGUUGAGCUUCAUGAUGGAUCAUUCACUGAUUUGCGUCAUCACUCAGAAACGUCUCUUUGUUGCUUAUUAAUAUAAUAUAAUGUAAAUAUCACUGUUUUCCUUUGACUAUAUCGUCCAGCCCUGAACACACACACACACACACACACACACACACACGAACUCUCAGGCAACGAUCACAGCUGUUAGAUGGGAAGCAGUCUCCUCCAUUCACUGUGUUUUCUCUGUGGUAACACUAAUUUAUGAGGGCUUUCGUGUAGUUCUUCGUGUUUACAGAGGUGAGGUUUCUGAAGCAGCUUACUUGAACGUUUAACUUCAUGUAUCUGUCCCUGUAUGUGUCCGAUCCGAUCCGAUCCGUGCACGCUCGCUCCAAAACAGACGCUCAAUUUACGGUUAAAAAUACUGACUGUUAAAUCCGUUUUUCGUGUUUAAAGAUUAAUUCACUCCGAAAUGAAACGUCUGUCAUCGUUUAUUCAAGCCUGUGUUCUGUGGAGCACAAAAGCAGAUGUUUAGCAGAAUGUUUGAGCUGCUCUUUUCCACACAAUGAAAGCCGACAGGUUGCCAUGCUUCAAAAUGCAGUUUUGAGGUUUUUUUCAUAUGGAUCUGAAUUUUUCUGAUUGACUUUCAUUGCACAGAAAAGAGCAGAGUGACCUCUCUGCGACCUCCGUGUUUGAAACCAUUUUCAUUUUUGGAUGAACUAUUCCUUUAAGCUUUAUUGUAGCAGUUGCUUCAUUUCAUUUUCUCUUAAGUGUACUUGUUUUUAUUUAAAUGGUCUGCUGCAUGAUAAUUUCACUAUAUGCUCUGAUUAUUUUUACUGUCUGGUUCGUGUAACUCUAAUUAAAAAGUUUUUGUAGUCGAGUAUUAGGCAGAGCGUAAUAUCUUAAAAGCGCCUCUUGUUUUCCGAAACAAAUGUGCCAAAUGCUUCCUCCUGCUUUGCCUGUGUUUUGCACUCUUUUGGAUGGAAAGGUAGACAGACCUACUUUAUUAAUCCCAGACGAGAGAUUGAGUAAUCCUCCUCGUUCAGGAACAGCUAGUUAAUCCUCUCUCUCUAGUGAAAGCUUUGGUACAACACUAGUCUUCCUGUUUACUGUGACAUCACUUCCUGUUCCGACCCGUGUUGACCAAUGAAACGAGUCGUCUGGUUUUAGCUUCAUCAACAAAUCCUCUAAUGUUCUUCCGCUUCUGCCAAUAAUGACACUGAUGUUGAAUUAGUGCAGAUGCUCAGAUUGUAGCUGAAAAAAAUAAGGAAUUCCAAUUAAAAUGAUAUUUCCAUUUAUGUUUUAUAAUGAUAUAACACUCUGGUACUGUCACAUUUAAGACAAAAUAUGAUUUUGUAAUUGUUACAUUAAUAAAGUUUAAAUUAAACAUGA